CAGAACUUAGUUUAGAGACCAGAGAAUCCCUAUCCAUUCCUAUAUGGACAAAACAUGUUUCUUUUUCUAAGCUGCCAUCAAAUCUAGUACUAACACUCUUUCUGUUCUGUUAACCGUUAUAAGCUACUUUUCCCUCUUCACACUCCAACACAACAAACCACCACUUCAUUCUUGCAAUGACUAUUCAAGCCUUUCAUGCUUCUUCUAGUUACUUCAAUUCCCACCUUCAUUCUUGUUCCAAAAAGCAUUUACUUUCAAGGAAGUAUCUGAAGUUGAAGUGUAGUACUUCUUCAAAUGGCAACAAUGGAAAAAGAGAUAAAGAUGAUUAUCUUCUGGAUGCUCCUGUUUCUGUUGGUGAUGGUUUCUCUUUCAGUGGAGGAAAAUAUUCAGAUGGGCCUAAUCCAAGUGAUGAAUGGUUUAAGCAAGGGAAAAUGGUUAAAGCCUAUUCAACUCCUGGAACUGGUGAAAAGGCGAAAGAUCCAAUUUUCGGGCUAACAAUGGGCACUAGUUCACAAGCUACCGGAGAUCGUUUCAGAUGGUUUUGUGUCGAAAAAGGAAAUGCUGAAAAUCCUUCAGUCAUAUUAAUCCAUGGUUUCCCUUCACAGGCAUAUUCUUAUCGCAAAGUUCUUCCGGUACUCUCCAAGGACUAUCAUACCAUAACAUUUGAUUGGCUAGGAUUUGGAUUUUCUGAUAAGCCUCAACCCAAAUAUGGAUUUGACUACACCCUUGACGAAUAUGUGUCAUCAUUGGAGUCACUUAUUGAUGAACUUGCUGUUACUAAAGUCUCACUUGUUGUCCAGGGAUAUUUUUCACCAGUUGUAGUUAAGUAUGCCAGCAUUCACCCGGAGAAGAUUAACAACUUAAUACUCAUUAAUCCACCCUUAACAGCUCAACAUGCCAAGCUUCCAUCAACAUUGUCCAUAUUCAGCAAUUUUCUGCUAGGUGAAAUAUUUUCACAGGAUCCAUUAAGGGCCAGUGACAAAGCCCUAACAAGCUGUGGACCCUACAAAAUGAAAGAAGAAGAUGCAAUGGUUUAUAGAAGACCUUAUCUCACAUCUGGCUCUUCAGGCUUUGCAUUGAAUGCAAUUGCCAGGACCAUGAAAAAAGACCUCAAGAGGUAUGUGGAGGAUAUGCAGAGAAUACUAAACGACAAAAGUUGGAACGUUGGAACCACGAUAUGUUGGGGACAGAGAGAUCGAUGGUUGAGUUAUGAUGGAGUGGAAGAUUUCUGCAAAGGUUCAAAUCAUAAACUUAUUGAAGUUCCAAGGGCUGGACAUCAUGCACAGGAAGAUUGCGGCGAAGAGCUUGGACAACUUAUUUAUGGAAUAAUAAGGAAAAAGAACUAAACAUGAAGACAUCAUUUGGAUAUUUUUCUCAUUUAUAGAAUCAUAUAAAUUUGUAUCGACAAAUGUGUGAUCGCGAAAAUGCAUAUAUAUUUAAACAAUAAUUUUGGAUUUAGAAUGUCAUAAUGCAAGCAAAUAAAGAAGUUUCGAAUUGCAUUGCAA